UUUUGCCUCCAAACAAGGGAAAUCCCAAAAUGACGUCAGUGCCUCACUUUGAAAUCAAAUCCGUUCGAAGAUGGCGGACGAAUAUUCAGUUUUAUAGUUUACAUUACUCUACACUACAUGUAUAUACGGACAUUUUAGUAUACACCGUCAAUAUUAAAAUAUACUAUGGUAGUCCAAGAACCCGUUCAGGCUGCCAUUUGGCAUUCAUUGAACUACUACAAGUAUUCUGAUGCCAUAUUCCUUGCUGAAAGACUAUAUGCUGAAGUGGGAACAGAUGAUGCAUUAUUUUUACUCUCAACAUGUUAUUUCCGAGCUGGGAAGACUAUCAGAGCAUACACAUUGCUGAAGAGUAAAGGAUGUGCCACGCCCCAGUGUAAAUACCUCCUAGCCCAAUGCUGCAUCAGUAUAAAGAAGCUGACAGAGGCUGAAUCUGUGCUAGCAGGUAACAUUCUGCUGAAGAACAAGGCUUAUGAAGAUAUUGUCAAUGAACAUGGAGAGGCUGCAAGUUACACAUUGGCACUACUGGCACAUAUAUACAGUAAAACUGAGAGACUCUCAAAGGCUGUAGACUAUUAUAAGAAGAGUCUGAAGUUGAACCCAUUUCUUUGGUCAAGCUAUGAAGCAUUGUGUCAACUAGGAGAGAAAGUAGACCCAACUAAAAUAUUUCAAGUGUCACUGACCCCAGCAAUCAACACAAACCACCCUAGCUAUCCCACCAUACAACAGACCAAUGCAACCCCAGUAGCCAAUCAGAACACAGAUCAGGGUACACCAAUGACUGUAGAUAACCAGGAAUCAACAGCGCCACUAUCUAUUCACACCCCUCAGAUCUUGUUCUCACAUGUACAGACCCCAGAAAAUACAGUGCCUACAGACACUCUCUUCUCACCAGACCCCCAUGAUGAGAACUCUGGGUUCAAUAUCCCCCCUGCCCCCAAGACUACUAGAGUGCUACGCAAUCGGCCACGUGCUGGACGAAGCUUGUUGAAUCAACCAGCCUCUUUUAGUCCUCUUACGCCAAGUUUUGGAGUGCUACCUCUGGAUACCCCCAGUCCUGGUGAUCCCCCACACAACUUGGGUUCAAUGUCCCCGUUUAUCACCCCCUCCCCAGCUCAGGCCCUGGUUGAGUCAACGCAACCUGGGGACCCCAAGGCACCUAAAAAACCUAUGACUAGGAGGAGUCAACAAUUACAGGGUGGGCCACCUAAACCACCAGUAUUCUCCCAGUCUGGAAUUACAAAUACACGAGAUGUACAAACUCCUAGUCCUCAAACCACUCUACAAAACUCAAGUUAUAAUGUGCCGAAUGUACGGAGAAGUUCUAGAUUAUUUAGCAAUGCUAACUCUAAUUCUGUAAAGGAAAAUAACAAAAGUCAAAGUAGGGGGAAAUUUCCAAAUACAAAAGCACCAGCUAAAAAAUCUAAAAGCAGAACUAGUAAAUCACAGCAAGAACUUAAUGAAAUCAACAAAUCUGAGAGGUCACCUGAUGAAAAGUCAUCCACCAUUACUGCACAUGCUAUGAUGGUCAGCUUGCAGAAACAGUCUGCUGAGGGUCUAUUGAAUCUUCUGACAGAGUUUGGUAAGGCAUACCAGGCAUUGUGUCAAUAUGAGUGUAAGAAAGCCAUCCAGUUGUUUACAGACCUCCAGCCCCAACACUACAACACAGGAUGGGUGCUUAGCAAUAUAGGCAGGGCCUACUUUGAAAUGGCAGAAUAUAAAAAAGCUGAAAAGAUAUUUAAUGAUGUACGGCGGUUAGAGCCACAUCACUUAGAAGGCAUGGAGUUUCUCAGCACCACCUAUUGGCAUCUUCAGAAAGAGGUUCAGCUAUCAGCUCUAGCUCAAGAAUUAACAGAAUUAGAUCGGGAUGCUCCCGAAGCUUGGUGCGCAACAGGAAACUGCUUCUCAAUACAAAAAGAACACGAUACUGCGAUAAAGUUCUUUCAAAGGGCAAUUCAGGUUGAUCCUAACUUUGCCUAUGCUUACACUCUACUGGGCCAUGAGUAUGUGUCAACAGAAGAGUAUGAUAAAGCUAUGACGUGUUUUAGAAACUCAAUCAGGGUAGACCAAAGACAUUAUAAUGCUUGGUAUGGUAUAGGAAUGAUCUACUACAAACAAGAGAAGUUUUCUCUAGCAGAGGUGCACUUUAGGAAAGCUCUGUCUAUAAACCCCCAAAGCUCAGUACUACUCUGUCACAUAGGGGUGGUACAACAUGCCCUACAGAAGACAGACAGUGCACUAGUAACCCUUAACAAAGCAGUAGCAGCAGACCCCAAGAACCCAUUGUGUAAAUUCCAUAGGGCUUCUAUAUUGUUCUCUAAUGAUAAACAUACUGAAGCGUUAGCGGAAUUAGAAGAACUCAAACAAAUUAUACCAAAAGAAUCUUUAGUUUACUUCUUUAUAGGAAAGGUGCAGAAAAAAUUAGGCAAUACACAUUUAGCACUUAUGAAUCUGUCAUGGGCCACUGACCUGGAUCCAAAGAGUGCCAAUACAAACAGCACCAUCCAACAAGCUGUUGAUAAACGAUAUGUCACAGAUGAUGAAGACCAAUCUUUAAUAGAUGCGAACAAUCUAGAGGAUGGUGAUAACACAUUAAGUGAGAGCCAAGAUGGUGGCAUGCUUAUACCCAUUGAGGAGGACAUCCAACUCAGGGCAGCUAUAGAGUCAGAUGAAAGUUUAUAGAUAUAAAUAUAUUAUCUGGAGAUCUUCAUAUAUUUCACUAUGCCUUUCAUUCACAUUGUUGAAGGUAGAGGAAAUGGAUGUCUAUCGAAUCUGGUGUAAUGGAUUCAAAAACUAUGGAAAUUUAGACUCGGUACUUGUUCUUGGAAGAAACAUAUGAAGUAUGAAAAUGUGGUGAUUUUAGCAAUUCUCCAGUUGGAUUGUUCUCAUACUAUAUGUGUUCAGGACUAGGUUUUAUAUCCAACCUCUAAGAUUAUUUUACACUGUAUCAGUUGUGUAUGUACACCAAGUAGAGGGUAAAGUUAAAACACUUUGUGCACUGAAUACUCAGGCUUUUAUCUCAUUUAAAGUUAGGCUAGGUGAAGAAUUAAAUGUUUAGCAUAUCCCUUUAUCUAUUAUCCAUAUACUUGAGUUCAAUGCGGCAUUAUUUAAAGUAAACCUCAAUUGUCUGUUUUGACAGAAUAAUGGAUAGUUCUCUUUAAUUAAACAAACUUGUUGGAAUGAUGGGAUUAAGAAAAAUUCAAAGUAAAGCCAUUCCUCUACAAAGAUAAAACUAUGCUAAAUAUUUAUUUACCCUAGGCUUCAUAAUGAUACAGUAACACAACAUUAGGAGUCUAGCUUCUCAGUUUGUAUUUAUGUCACUAUUGAACUUAAGCAUAGU